AUGGCACUUGUUGCACAUUAUGAUUUAGAGCUUCAUCAAAUGGAUGUGAAAAUAGCAUUUCUCAAUGGAAACAUUAAUGAAACAAUAUAUAUGAUGCAGCCUGAAAACUUUGUGUCAAGAGACCCAAAGAAGAUGAACUGCAAACCAGGUGAUACCCCUGUCGUUAAAGGAGACAAAUUUAGUCUUAAGCAAUGCCCUAAAGGAAGCCUCGAAGUUCAAGAAAUGCAAAAGAUUCCUUAUGCUUCAGCUGUUGGGAGUCUAAUGUAUGCUCAAGUUUGUACGCGUCCAGAUAUUGCGUACAUUGUUGGAGUAUUAGGCAGAUACUUAAGCAAUCCAGGAAUUGAUUAUUGGAAAGCAGCCAAAAAGGUUAUGAGAUAUUUGAAGAAAACAAGAGAUUACAUGCUCACAUAUAGGAGGUCAGAUCACUUUGAGAUCAUUGGGUAUUCUGACUCCGACUUUGCAGGAUGCCAAGAUAGUAGGAGAUCCACUUCAGGCUACAUAUAUCUGUUGGGUGGUGGAGCUAUGUCAUGGAGAAGUGCAAAACAAACACUCAUAGCUUCAUCCACUAUGGCAGCAUAA